ACUGUUCUCGGAGACACAGGACCAUGAGAGGAAGAUGCCUCGAGACAGUCUGAUCACCUCUGAGAAUGACAUUGACGUUGGACUGGAUUUGGCAGAGGACGAAGAUGUUUUGGCUUCAGAAGAGGGACACGAGAGGGAGCGACACAGAGGAAAAAGAAGAGAUGGCGACAGAGAGAAAAGGAAGAGGGAAAAGAGGAGGAGAAAGGAAGCACAUAGAGCAGAAGAAGGCGAAGAUGAAGUACAGACCAGGCCUGAGAGAAGAGAAAGGGGCAAAAGAAAAAGAGCAAAGAAUGAUCAAGAAGCAAAAGGAAGAGAGAAGGAUGAGGCGGAGGAGCAGGAGCUGGAGAAGCUGAAGGAGGCCGUGGAUGACAGAAAGAAACUGAUCCAGGGUCUGAGGGGGAAACCCUUUCCAAUGAAAAAGAAGCUUGUCACCUUACGGGAGUCUCAGGAGUUUGUGGAGAAAUAUGAGGGAGCUUUGGGGAAAGGAAAAGGCAGGAAGCUGUAUGCGUACAAGGUCAUGAUGACCAAGAAAUGGAUGAAGUUCCAACGGGACUUUGAAAACUUCAAAACUGCCUGCAUCCCAUGGGAAAUGAAAAUAAAGGAGAUUGAAAGUCAUUUUGGCUCCUCGGUUGCCUCAUACUUCAUCUUCCUGAGGUGGAUGUAUGGCAUCAAUAUGAUAUUGUUUGGUCUCACCUUUGGCCUUGUUAUGGUGCCAGAGGCAUUAAUGGGGCGACCCUAUGGAAGCAUGCCAAGAAAGACUGUCCCCAGAGGUGAGGAGGCCAGUGCCAUGGACUUUGCUGUCCUGUGGGACUUUGGGGGUUACGCACAGUAUUCAGUCCUCUUCUAUGGUUUCUACAACAACCAGCGAGCCAUUGGCUGGCUCAAGUUCCGCAUGCCUCUGUCGUACUUCCUGGUUGGUGUGGGAACAGUGGCCUAUAGCUAUAUGGUGGUCAUAAGAACGAUGGCCCGUAACGCAAAUGAAUCAGGGGUUGGAGAUGACAACAGCUUCAAUUUCAGCUGGAAAAUGUUCACCAGCUGGGACUACCUGAUAGGAAACCCUGAAACGGCAGACAACAAGUUUGCCUCCAUCACCACCAGCUUCAAGGAGGCAAUCUUAGAGGAGCAAGAGAGCCACAAGGAUGACAACAUCCACCUGACUCGUUUCCUGCGGGUGCUGGCCAACUUCUUGGUCUUGUGCUGCUUAGCAGGAAGCGGAUACCUCAUCUACUUUGUAGUGCGGCGCUCUCAGAAGUUUGCCCUCGAUGGCCUGGAGAAUCAUACCUGGUGGGAAAGGAAUGAGGUGAACAUGGUCAUGUCAUUACUGGGGAUGUUCUGCCCCAUGCUGUUUGACGUCAUCAGCGCCCUGGAGAACUACCACCCUCGUGUCGCCCUGCAGUGGCAGCUGGGGCGCAUCUUUGCCCUUUUCUUGGGGAACCUCUACACCUUCAUCAUUGCGCUCAUGGAUGAGAUCAAUCUUAAAAGGGAAGAGGAAAAGAUAAUAAAGUUUAACAUAACCAUGUGGGAAGUCAGUCUUUACAAUGGCACGGUAUCAGAAAACAGCACUGCUCCCUCCAUCACCAUCCACCCUGCUGAUGUGCCUAGAGGGCCCUGCUGGGAGACCAUGGUGGGGCAGGAGUUUGUCCGGCUGAUCAUAUCUGACACUAUGACAACCUACAUCACGCUGCUGAUUGGUGAUUUCCUGAGAGCUGUGCUCGUUCGUUUCCUCAACUACUGCUGGUGUUGGGACCUUGAGGCCGGAUUUCCAUCCUACUCUGAGUUUGAUGUCAGUGGGAACGUCCUGGGCCUGAUCUUCAAUCAAGGAAUGAUAUGGAUGGGAGCUUUCUAUGCGCCCUGCCUGCCUGCCCUGAACGUCCUCCGGCUCCACGUGUCCAUGUACCUGCAGUGCUGGGCCGUGAUGUGCUGCAAUGUGCCGCAGGAGAGGGUCUUCAAGGCCUCUGGCUCCAACAACUUCUACAUGGCCAUGUUGCUGGUCAUCCUCUUCCUGUCCACUCUGCCUGCCAUCUACACCAUCGUCACCAUCCCUCCCUCCUUUGACUGUGGACCUUUCAGUGGCAAGAACCGCAUGUUUGAUGUGAUCCAUGAGACGUUGGAGUCUGACUUCCCUGCCUGGUUUAGUAAAGUGUUCAGCUACGCCUCUAAUCCUGGGCUGGUCCUGCCCUUCAUAUUGCUUAUGGUAUUGGCCAUUUAUUACUUGCAGUCUACAUCCAAAAGCUACAGAGAAGCUAAUGUGGAGCUGAAGAAAAAACUACAAACGCAAAAUGAGGAAAACAAGAGGAAGAACAAACGAGCGGCACUGAAGGCGCAGAUGGAUCUAGAGGAGGCCAGAAAAACAGCAUCACAGACUGCAGAGCAACAAAAGAACAACAACGCAUCAUUACAAGACCAAGAGGCGGAUGAGGAAGAAGAUUUCAGCAGCAGUCAAAGGCUGAAUCAUGGUAAAAAUGGACACCAUCCUCCUCCCACAGCUGGAGACAGACAGCUGCCGGCAUCCAGGGCCCCUGCCCCCAGGACCUAUCACCACGGCAACCACGGGGCUCCUGGAUACCUGCCUGGUUUCUCUCGGCAAAGUGAGCCCAGGAUGUGCAGGGUGCCGAGCCUGCAGAGACACUGAGUGAAUGGAAUCAGAAUACUAGCACAUGAAUCAACACAGAGCACUUAACUGAGAAGCUGAUGUCUAGACGUCUGUACACUGUGACAUGAAGUGAUGAGAAUGCCAAUUUGAUGGCAGUUUAUGCACAUUUUGAAAUGUUUUUUCUUUUAUCA